AAUGUCAAAGAAGAAGAAGCUAACGAAAGCAAAAAGAGUGAUAAUAAUGGCGGAGAGAUCAGAAUCAGAGGAAGUGAAGCUUUUGGGAAUGUGGGCGAGUCCUUUUAGUCGUAGGAUUGAGAUUGCUCUUACGCUUAAAGGUGUUUCUUACGAAUUCUCAGAGGAAGAUAUCACUAACAAGAGCUCUUUGUUGCUUCAAUUGAAUCCGGUUUAUAAGAUGAUUCCGGUUCUUGUUCAUAAUGGUAAACCGAUUUCUGAAUCACUUGUGAUUCUUGAGUAUAUUGAUGAGACUUGGAGAGACAAUCCGAUUCUGCCUCAAGAUCCGUAUGAGAAAGCUAUGGCUCGAUUCUGGGCUAAAUUUGUUGAUGAACAGAUUUAUGUGACGGCGAUGAAAGUGGUGGGGAAGAUCGGAGAAGAGAGAGAUGCGGUGGUUGAAGCGACGAGAGAUUUGUUGAUGUUUUUGGAGAAAGAGCUUGUUGGGAAAGAUUUUUUUGGAGGGAGAAGUUUGGGGUUUGUAGAUAUUGUGGCCACGUUGGUGGCGUUUUGGCUGAUGAGGACGGAGGAGAUCGUCGGAGUUAAGGUUGUUCCGGUGGAGAAGUUCCCGGAGAUACAUAGAUGGGUUAAGAAUUUGUUGGGAAAUGAUGUUAUCAAGAAAUGUAUUCCUCCUGAAGAUGAGCAUCUCCAGUACAUCAGAGCUCGGAUGGAGAAGCUCAAUAUCAAAUCUGCUUGA